UAUCACCUAGCAAGGGAUUGAUAAUGAGUAAAUCUUGUAUAUAUUAUGAUACAUUGAUACGUAUAACAACGUAAUGUUAGGUAUCGUAUGGCGUAUGUACUUAGUAAUAACUAAUAAGUACGUAUUUAUGGUGUCUUACACUAAUCGCAAACCACCAUAAUUUAUGACUGGAAUCAGAAAUUAAGAUCUCUAUUCUCUCAAGACCGUUACUGAAACGAUCUUACAUAGAAACACGAAAGUAAUUAAUAACGAUUUAAACAUAUUCCAUAGACGCAUACAGAUAUAUUUUACAUCUAUUACGUCCAUUUAUCUAUAGCGUGGACGUUCGAACGUAAUGUACCUCGUUUCUCGAGAUAUUGUCAUUCGUGUAACAAACAAUACGGUUGAGCGUGUGCAACUGUGUCGUCGCUCAUUAAUAUCAUCGUCAUCGACCCUCGUACGAUCGCCGUAAUUCGUAGGUACGUUUUUAAUUGUUGCCCCAACAAGACAAAAUGGCCUAAACAACACCCCGCAGAGGAUUAUGAAAAACUAAGGAGACAGCUACAAUAAUUGAAGUGUAUCAUAGAUCGUAGUGAUUCUACAGUAUUUCUUACUAUACGUCCUGAUGGCAGGUUUAUAUAUUAAUUAUAAUAUAUUUAUAUCAUAAUGGAGUUGUUCUCUGUCACAGCGUUUGCCCGUGUGGCCGUGUACGCGUUCUGUAGGACGUAAUACGGCAUUAUAAUUGUGUCGAUAUUAUUGCGAGUGCGUGCGUCCGUAUAUCCCGUAGUUGGUAGUGGUGCGAGCAGCUACCUAUAUAAUAUAUUAUUUUCUAUGCUGUGAGCGGCGAACCUCAUCACUUUCGUGUCUGUGUCGAAGUCUCGUGCGUGUGUGUGUACGUGUGUUUAGGGUGUGUGUGUGUGCGUGUGCGUGUUUGUGUGUUCCUGUGUGCAAUGUGUAUGUUGGCUGCAUUCUAUCUUCCAUAGUGAAAUUGCUACUUUUAAACAAAAGGCUUUAAAAAUUAAUUUUAAAUUAUUUCCGUGCGUAUACCUACGAAAUACUCAGUUUGUUUCGAUUUUGUUUGGUGUGACCGAGCAACAGUGACAGAUCAAAAGACUCGCUUGAGGUACAUCGACGAUUUUUUUCCUUUCCUUUUUGAAAAUCAUUAAACGGAUCACCCACGGCAGCGUGGUAGUAGUGGCGGUGUGGAGUGUGGACUACGUGACAUUUUAGAAAUGCGGGAUGGACGUCCAUCGUUUGUAACGCAAUCCUUGGCUAUCGACAAUGCAAUGUUCAUUUUAAACUUAUAAUGUUCGAUAAUCAGUAUGUUGUAGAUACGAUACUUUUUUCGAUCAAGUUUUAAAUUUUUAUAGAAAGUAUUUUUAUAUCUGUUUAAGUAAGUAAUUAUAAUUUUUUUUAAAUAUAUAUGUAUACAUAUAAUAUUAUCUAUACAUCAUAGUAUUUUAUUAAAAUGAGUGUAAAAAGAGAUAUAAAGUGUAAACUUGAAAUUGAUGAACCAAAACAAAAAGAAUGUCCUGAAGGAAAAUUUAUUGAUCCUGUCAGUCUUAUGGAAAAAGGCAAAUUUGUUUUCAAGGUUCCCCCGGAAGCUCCAGUUUUUGAACCUACUGCUGAAGAAUUUAAAGAUCCAUUGAAAUAUAUAGCUAAAAUUAGAAGUGUAGCACAAGAACAUGGGAUCUGUAAAAUUAGACCUCCAUCUAAUUGGCAUCCUCCAUUUUGUGUUGAUGUUGAUAACUUUAAAUUUACACCAAGAAUUCAAAAACUAAAUGAACUAGAUGCAAGUACUAGAGUUAAACUCAAUUUCUUGGAAAAAAUUGCCAAAUAUUGGCAUUUACAAGGGAUCCGUAUUAAAAUACCAGUAUUAGAACAAAGAGCUGUAGAUUUAUAUUCUCUUUAUAAAAUAGUAGAAUUUGAAGGAGGUUUUGAUGUAGUAUGUUCGGAAAAAAAAUGGGGAAAAGUGGCUAGUCGUAUGGGUUAUGUUUGUGAAAAAUCUUCUGGUACAAUUUUAAAAAGUCAUCAUGAAAGGUGGCUUAAUCCAUUUUCACUAUUUCAUGCUACCAUUAAAGAUGAAAUUUAUAACAAACCCAUUAAAAGAGAGAGUAAAGUUCCAAUUAUUAAAGAAGAAAAUUCUUCUGUUUCAAAUUCGCCUACUAAAAGAGCUAGACUUAGCCCUGAUGAUGAUAAUGAAUCUGAUGAUUAUAUUAAGGAUCCAUUUUAUCUGAUGGAAAAUAAAGAAUUAAGAAAAUUACAAUUUUUUGGUGCUGGUCCUAAGAUGGCCGGAUUUAGUUCCAAAUGUAGAAUAGGACAUUUAAAGUCAAAAGAAUCUAAGAAAUCUAAAAGAAGAAGUAAACCGGCUGUAAAUUAUUUAGAUAAAUAUUAUUGUCAAAAAUGUGGAAGUGGCAAAUCUGAAGAAACUAUUUUAAUUUGUGAUGGAUGUGAUUUAAGUUUCCACAUGCAAUGUUUAAUCAUACCAUUAACUAAUGUUCCAAAGGGUGAAUGGAGAUGUCAUAAAUGUGUCAUCAAUGAAGUAAUCAAACCUAGUGAUGCUUUUGGAUUUGAACAAGCUCAGCGUGAAUACACACUUCAACAAUUUGGAGAAAUGGCAGACCAAUUUAAAUCUAAAUAUUUUAAUAUGCCAGUUCAUCUUGUGCCUACAGACAAAGUUGAACAAGAGUAUUGGAAAAUUGUUUCAUCUAUUGAUUCUACAGUAAUAGCAGAAUAUGGUGCAGACUUACAUACUAUGGAUCAUGGAUCAGGAUUCCCUACAGGUCUUGCACUAAGUGGAAACGAAGAUAAUACUUUUUACAAAUCAUACAUAGAAGAUCAUUGGAAUUUAAAUAAUAUACCAAUACUUAAAGACUCAGUUCUCAGUUUUAUUAAUGCUGAUAUAUCUGGUAUGAAAAUUCCAUGGAUGUAUGUUGGUAUGUGUUUUUCAACAUUUUGUUGGCAUAAUGAAGAUCAUUGGAGCUACUCGAUCAAUUAUUUACAUUGGGGUGAACCAAAAACAUGGUAUGGAGUUCCAGGAGCCUCUGCUGAAGCUUUUGAAGAAGUUAUGAAGGAGACAACACCAGAAUUAUUUCAUUCGCAGCCAGAUCUCUUACAUCAGUUGGUUACUAUUUUGAAUCCAAAUAUAUUAAUGAAAGCAAAUGUCCCAAUCUAUAGAACUGAUCAGAAUGCUGGAGAAUUUGUUGUUACUUUUCCAAGGUCUUACCAUACUGGGUUUAAUCAAGGAUAUAAUUUUGCUGAAGCUGUGAAUUUUGCUCCUGCUGAUUGGAUUUCAAUAGGUCGUGAAUGUGUUAACCAUUAUUCUUCUCUCAAACGAAUAUGUGUAUUUUCCCAUGAUGAACUUAUAUGUAAAAUGGUGAAUUCUUGUGAUGACUUGACACCAAAAGCAGCUGAACUAGUGUAUGAUGAUUUGAAUGAAAUGGUGAAAUUUGAAAGAGUUCAACGUAAAGCACUUUUAGAUUGGGGUGUUACUGAAGCAGAUUUUGUUGAAUUUGAACAUCAAGUAGAUGACCUUAGACAAUGUAUGGUUUGUAAUACCACUUUGUAUGUAUCUGCUGUAUCUUGUUCGUGUGAUCCAAAAAGACUGGCAUGUCUUCGACAUUUUAAACAACUUUGUGAUUGUCCUGCACAAAUGCACGUGUUCAAAUACAGGUAUACCCUUGAUGAGUUUCCACCUCUAUUGCGAAAGGUUAAAGCUAAAGCUGAACAAGCAUAUGAUGAUUGAAUAUAUUUACAUUAAUAUUUUUGAAGGCUGUAAAUAAUUUAAGCCGUUAUUGACAAAUAUAACCAAA